AUGUUAAUUAAUGUCAGCAAACCUUUUCAAAUCCUCCAAUGGAUCACUUAUAUAUCCAUAAUAGUAGGUGUUCAACUUUUAAUAGUGUUACCUAUUUCUGUGCUCAUAUUCCAUGAUUUCUACACAAGACUCAUACCACCAGACUCAUCUCAAUAUGUUCCUGUGUCCACUUUCGAACAAUAUGAUGAGUUAACAUACAGGCAUUUAAUCACCAGGGUACCCAUUGAGAAACCACUGUAUUCGGUGGAAGAUAAUGGUCUGGAUCAAAACUUACCAUUACGUGAUAAUAUAUUGUACAAAAUGGAUAUCGACAUGAAGUUCUUCUGUUUAAACGAAAAUGAUCUGAGUAGAAAUAAUCUUGAAGUGUUGGAUUUUCAAGUCAGAGUUAGAAAUAAUUAUCAGAAGACAAAAGCAACUAGUGUAAUAUAUAGAAGAAAAAUUCCAAUUACAUGCCUAAAUGAACAUGAUUCAAUUGUUGAGGAUGAAAUUCACAAAUAUGGGAAAAAUAGAUUAGCAAUGUACCAAAGAGAAUGGUUGAAUAGUAUAUAUGUCGAUGAUCUAAUCUACAUACCGUCAGAGAUACGUCAGAUUCAAUACCAUUUCGUACUACCUGGUCAAAGGUUAAUACUGCAACCAGAAUCAAAUAUAUAUAUGCGAAUGGAAUUCAAACAAGGUAUCAGAAAUAUGAUGCUUAGAUGGAAAAAAUUGACUUACUUGAUCGGUAUAACUGUCUUCUAUAUAUUUAUAACGACAUUAUUUUUUAUUUCCACUGGCUCAUCGUUUUACUAUAUGAAAUCUCAAAACUUUAUCACACCGGUUGCUGAUAUAAAAUUAUGA